AUGGACGUGUUGGUUUGGCUGCUGCUGCCGCUCCUGCUGCUGGGCGCGCAGCCGCACCACGGCGCCAGAGCAAUGAACGAUAUUGGGGACUACGUGGGCUCCAACCUGGAGAUAUCCUGGCUCCCUAACCUGGAUGGUCUAAUGGAGGGCUAUGCGCGAAACUUUCGGCCAGGCAUUGGAGGUCCCCCCGUGAAUGUGGCCCUUGCCCUAGAGGUAGCCAGCAUUGAUCACAUCUCAGAGGCAAACAUGGAAUACACCAUGACAGUGUUCCUGCACCAGAGCUGGCGGGACAGCAGGCUCUCCUACAACCAUACCAAUGAGACCCUAGGUCUGGACAGUCGCUUUGUGGACAAGCUCUGGCUUCCUGACACCUUCAUUGUGAAUGCCAAGUCUGCCUGGUUCCAUGAUGUGACUGUGGAGAACAAGCUUAUCCGCCUGCAGCCUGACGGUGUGAUCUUAUACAGCAUCCGCAUCACCUCUACAGUGGCCUGUGACAUGGACCUCGCCAAGUACCCCAUGGAUGAGCAGGAGUGUGUGCUGGAGCUGGAGAGCUAUGGCUACUCUUCUGAGGACAUUGUCUAUUACUGGUCAGAAAACCAGGAGCAGAUCCACGGACUGGACAGGCUGCAGCUGGCCCAGUUCACCAUCACCAGUUACCGCUUCACCACGGAGUUGAUGAACUUCAAGUCGGCUGGCCAGUUCCCGAGGCUCAGCUUGCACUUCCAGCUUCGGAGGAACCGGGGCGUCUACAUCAUCCAGUCUUACAUGCCCUCUGUCCUCCUGGUUGCCAUGUCCUGGGUCUCCUUCUGGAUUAGCCAGGCAGCGGUGCCUGCCAGGGUAUCUCUAGGCAUCACCACUGUGCUGACGAUGACCACGCUCAUGGUGAGUGCCCGCUCCUCCCUGCCGCGGGCUUCAGCUAUCAAGGCCCUGGAUGUGUAUUUCUGGAUCUGCUACGUGUUUGUGUUUGCUGCCCUGGUGGAGUACGCCUUUGCCCACUUCAACGCGGACUACAGGAAGAAGCGGAAGGCCAAGGUCAAGGUCACAAAGCCAAGGAAAGAGAUGGAUGUGAGGAAUGCUAUUGUCCUCUUCUCACUCUCGGCCGCUGGGGUCAGCCAGGAGCUGGCGAUUUCCCGUCGUCAGGGCCGUGUCCCUGGGAACCUCAUGGGCUCCUACAGGUCUGUGGAAGUGGAGGCGAAGAAAGAGGGGGCGUCCCGCCCAGGGGGCCCAGGAGGCAUCCGUUCCAGACUCAAACCCAUUGACGCAGACACCAUCGACAUCUAUGCCCGAGCUGUGUUCCCUGCAGCUUUCGCGGCUGUCAACAUCAUUUACUGGGCAGCAUAUACCAUGUGA